AUGCAGAGCCCUCCAAUUAAGUUUGACGUGGAAACUAUUAUUAAGGCACAGGCGGUUUCAAAUGUGAUUGAUGCUGAUGAAAAUAUGCCAAUCUCUCAGAGUAACAUUCCCGCUAUUAAUUUACCUGCAACGGACAGUGUGAUUCCUGGACAUCGGUCGAUAGAAUCGUUUCCCGACUUUUCCCUUUUACGCAAAGCAGAAUUUUUCAAUAUUUUUUCGAAUCUUCUCGGGACUUCCCUUUGUCUUUCCUUACGCAAACCAUCCACCCACCAGGAAAAACUUGAAGACAUGCUGAGUGUGUCUAUUCGACGGGCAAUUUCAGACGCCCUCUCUGUGGAAAAUUCAUUAAAUGUAAGUAUACGUGGGAGUCUUACUAUUUCUGCUGAAUGUCGAAAACCUAUGACGGUCACUUUUACUGAUGGAACUGUUCACUCCACAACGAAAACAGCGAGUACUGCAACCCCUUCAAAAAGAAAGGCCUACCAUCCAGUGAAGUACACUGGAUCAACACCCUCAUCCAAUUCCUCCUGUUCUUCUACAGCGAACCCACCACAACUCUCUGGAUGUACUACACCGUCGAUUUCAGAACCAUGCGCCCUUGACCUAUCAAAAGGCUUUUCUUCCGUUCCCUCUGCUCAGGUAACCCCACUAAAACUGAAACAAACACCUGUGGCUCAAAGUUCUCCCUUCAAUCCAGUGACGUUGUUACAGCAAAGUAACCUUGUCAAUCUUUACCAAACCCAGCAAAAUGUAUUUGGAUCUGCGCCUACAAUGUUGACCACUGCAGAUCAAGAUUCCUGUGAUGGGGUCUCGGGACCUGCGAAGCGAAGGCGCAUUGGCUCUACUAAUGUGCGGAGGUCAAGCUCAACGCGUCAGUUUACAUGCAAUCAGUGCGAAAAUGUGUUUGGAUCUCUCCAAGAUCUUGAGGAACACACCACUGCCAAACAUGGCGCUUAUCGUUGUCACAUAUGCAAUGCUAAGUUUACCCAGCGUUCAAAUUUGCAGAGGCAUGCCUUAAAACACGUGGGAUUUAAGCCCUUUGAAUGUUGUCUGUGUGAAAGAGCGUACUUUCGUAAAGAUCACCUCAUGCGUCACAUGGAAACAACUCAUCCGGGAGUUUCGGCACGCGCGAACAUCCGAGUACGGCUAACAUCCUCAGAAAGUCUUGAUUACCUCAGUCGUGUAGUUGUAACUGAAAACAGGGUGGAGGACGUAAAACAGGAGAGCAACGCCGAUGAAAAGAAGACGAGAAACCACCAAUGCCCAAUUAGAAAAGAAAAUUCAGGAUCCAUGGUUAACGGAACUCAGUCUAUUGGAUCUGAGGACACAACAAAAUCUCCAGAACCCUUUCCGGUGGAGUCCAACCCCAUGGGGCCAGAAGAGCCUAUCUUCCCUGCUAGCACACCUCCUCUCGACGCAUAG